AUGGCCUUGCCCUUGGCUUUCCUGCUGGCCCUGGUGGUAUUCAACUGCAAGGCCACCUGCUGUCUGGGCUGUGACCUGCCUCAGAUUCACAACCUGGGUCUUGAAACUCCUGACAGGAAUGAGGAGGGGACCUGGACCCUCCUGGAAAAAAUGAGGAGAAUUCCCACUUUCUCCUGCCUGAACUACAGAAAGGACUUUGCCUUCCCCCAGGAGCAGUUGGAGGGUGAGCAGGUGCAGAAGGCUCAAGCUGUUGCUGUCCUCCACGAGAUGACCCAGCAGGUCUUCAACCUCCUCAGCACCCACGAAGCCUUUGCUGCUUGGAACAAGACCCUCCUGGACACCUUCCUCACUGGCCUCCAUCAGCAGCUGGAUGACCUGAAA